CUUAGAUGUGUGAGUGGUCAGUUUUGUUGUUGUUUUCCAUGAAAUGGUAACGAAAGUUUAUAAGAAUGUAUAAGUACCGUUAAGUCCUACUUUUUUGCUUUCUAUAUCUUAAACAUCUCUCACAUACUCACUGAAGUUUUAUACUAGCAUACGUUUCGAAAAUGUUAAAUAUAUUAGAUCUGGGUUUCUUAAGUUUAGCUCUUACUGUAGGAUUUACUGGAUUUGUGAUAAACCAUUACGAGAAACAUGUCCCUGCAUUUAUAGUGAAAGGGUUUAAAUAUGGCAGUUUCGCGUAUCAAGGAUCCGAAGCAAACUUUUUACAAUUAAUAGAAGUACCGAAAGCCCUUUACCGGCAUUUUUAUGCAUUUUCAUCAGUUUUUAGUGCACUGACUUUAGUAUAUGCAAUAUUAGUAUAUUGGUUUGAAUUCAGCGUUCAUGGAUCUAUCGGAUUUUUACUUAAAUUAACUUUGGAACAAGAUGAACCAACAGUGCCAGCUUUGGCAGCAAUUCUGGCAUUGUCACUUCUUCUUGUCCAAUGCAUACGAAGAUGUUAUGAAACCCAUUGCUUGCAAGUUUUUGCCAAGUCCAGUAAAAUGAACAUGAGCCACUAUUUAGUUGGCUUAGUGCAUUACUAUGCUGUGAUAGUCGCUACUAUUGGACAAGCACCUUUGUUUUGUGGAAGCCAGAACAGAGACAAAAUAGUGUGGAGCGACACAAAAACAUUAGUGUUAGCGAUUCCAUGUACAAUCAUUUUUGUUUGGGCAUGGUAUGAGCAGUUUAUGACUAAUAUUAUUUUCGCUAAUCUACGUAAAGACAAGAAGUCGGGUGAUGUUAUCACAGAGGAACACAAAAUACCACAUGGAAGGUUGUUUGAACAUGUAUCAAGUCCCCACAGAUUAUGCGAAAUUAUUUUAUACAUGGUUUUGUUAAUUUUGAUACCAACUAGGACCUUUUUCUGCAUAUUCUUGUGGGUGAUUGCUAAUCAGGUGCAGACUGCAAUACACGCUCAUGUUUGGUACAAAAAAACAUUUAAGAACUAUCCCAGUAACAGAAUGGCUGUAAUACCUAACAUUUUAUAAUACUUUAAGAUCAAUAAUAUACUAUUUAUUUUUUUUAUAAUAAGAUUUUAUGAGGCUGAAAAUAUUUUUUAUAUAAAAUGAAAUAAAAAAGAUUAAAUAUAUUGUAACAUUUAUUUACAAUGUUUAUGAAAUGGACACA